AACCUGCUGGCUCUUCCCUACGCAUUGGUCUGUUUGUAAUAAUGAAGAGUAGCCCCAUGACAGACGGAGGUAACAUGGAGAUUGGCUCUGCUGCAUUGAAAUCUGGCAGCUAAGACCUAGUGAGAAAAAAGCUUGGUGGUUAGUUGAGUGGUCAGAGGUGACUAUGUGUCAGUCGGAGGAGCCAGAGGCCAUACAGGGCCUGGACAGUCCUGAUCCACUGGUGAGAGAAGCAUUUAUGAUGGCCCAUGAUUACAUCGACUAUAUUACCAGAGGGGGGGCAGAUGGGAGCAUGGGUCAUGCCCCUACUGCCUGCACUGCAGCCUUGCGCCAUGCAGGGGACGAGCUCCUCAACCGUUUCCCCAUCUUCUUCAGACGCUGGCCUCGUGUUUUCCAGGAUGUGACGGAGAAAACAGCCUGCCCUAUGCUCAUGAGCAUCCUUGAUGAGCACUUCUUUCUGCCUGUCCCUGUGGGGCGCCGCAGGGACCUGGCCUGGAGCGCUGUGCUGUCAGUGUAUGUGCUGGCUGGCCAGAUGGCUCUGCAUUGCCAUGAGAGGGGCAUGUUGGGGGUCUUGCCGCAGCUGAAGGAGUGUGUGGGCGCCUACGUACAGAGGGUCAUCUGCCCUGACAUACGAGACAGGGGAGGAUGGAGUGGCUUCGUGUCACGCUUUGGGGAGAAGCAGCAUUUGGAGGGUCAGGUGAAGAGAGUGUGCUGCUGGACACUGCUGGCACUGGCCUCAAGCAUCAUCACCUACCUUCUGUGGAAAAGAAUGGCUUAACCAGCACUGCCCCCUGCUGUUCACCAUCAGGAAGUGCUACUUAGCUGUCCUCUGAGAGCAUUGUAGUUUCUUUAAAUUGUACAGAAACCUUAUUCAGGUAACAAACAUAUCUGCACCCUUUCAUAUCCUUGUGUAACACAAGUAGUAUCAAGCCAUUCCAACAGUCAAAUGCCAGCUUAUCAUGUUUACACAGCAAUUCAUGGACUUAGACCUGACAUUAUGUAAUUUGAUAUUAUGCAUCACCCAUCGCUGUUGAAUAGUCUAGUUAUUGAGGUUGGAUUUAUGGUUUGGGUCUGUUGACUACUUUGGAAAUGGCACUCUGCAUUUCCAGACCAGAGUAAAGCGCUGAGAACUACUUAAGUAAAUAAAGCCUUUAAGAGUACACGCUCAAGUAAACAUAUCUGGGCAAUAUUACUUUAACUGCCUCCAUCUUUAUGUAACCAUGCA